AUGAUGUUACCCCAUCGCGAUAAAUGGGAUGCUCACUACUCGACGAUUGAAGAAACAGUCUACAUUGGCAGAGAUGUCUUUGUUGUUGUUGCCUCGACGUUAUCACUCUACAAUGCGAUCGAACUCCUCACCCUCAUCUCUCUUACCUUCAAAAGACGAUCGGGGCUUUAUUUUUGGAGUAUUCUCAUUACAUCAUUCGGAAUCAUUCCAUACUGUCUAGGAUGGCUCAUUGUCUACUUCGACCUUACACACGAUUAUGUUGGCAUGAUCAUUGAGACUGUUGGAUGGGUCCUCGUCAUUACUGGCCAGUCUGUUGUUUUGUACUCGCGACUUCACCUGAUUGUCACCGAUAUCAAGAUUCUUCGAGCCGUUCUCAUUAUGAUCAUCAUAAAUGGUCUCGUUUGGGUAAGCGAUACUCCUAAGCAACAUGGUUCCCGACUGACCACGGCCCAGCAUUCUACAAUGACUGUACUGCUCUUCGGAUCAGAGUAUAGUCCAAGUGACAAUAGAAAGGGCUUUAACAAUGUCUUUAACAUCAUGGAAAAGAUCUCCAUGUCCAUAUUCUAUCUGCAGGAACUCAUCAUCUCUGGUCUGUACAUCUGGAAGUCAAUGGAGAUCCUCAAGACAGCUUUCGGCAACACAAAAAGCAUGCUGUACAAGCUUUUCACGAUCAACUUCGUCAUCAUACUAAUGGACAUCGCUCUUCUUGCGAUAGAGUUCCAUGACCUUUAUGUCUGGGAGCAAGGUAUCAAGCUGGUCACCUACUCGAUCAAACUCAAGCUAGAAUUUGCUGUUCUUAGCGAACUCAUUGAGUUCGUUCGCAAUCGCAGCGGAACUCGAUCACGCCCAACAAAAAACACCGAGAACCAGAGUACUCUGGUGCCGUUGUCGUCCAUGCACAAGGGGACUACUAAAGAAACAACAUCGAGUACCAGAGACUUUAUCCACGCUGGCGGUUCUCGGACCAACACAACUAUUGCGGCUACUAAUCCGAUACCAGCCGCUCCGACUAAUGAUAGCAUACACGUUUUGAGAGAGGUUGACGUGGAGAGUUUGUCUGCUUAUCCUGGGAACAACCAAAGCACUGAUGAGCUAUGGGGUCGUCUACCUGAAGACCCUGGGAAGGUCAUCGUCGGAAGGGCAUUAUGA